AUGCAGAGGACCGAGUCGCAUCAGAAGAGUACUGAUGCAGCAAUCGGGAAUCUGGAGGUACAAGUGAGACAAUUAGCCAAACAAAUGGCUGAAAGACCCACUGGUAGCUUUGGAGCCAAUACUGAGAUUAAUCCCAAAGAGGAGUGCAAGGUAAUUUUCACUAGGAGGGAAAGUGCUGAGAAGGAAAAGAGUAUUGAGGAGGAUGUGCGUGAUGAGGAAGAAGAAAAGAAAGAAGAGGGAGAAAAAGAUAAAAGCAAGGAGAAUGGUGCUGAGGUCUCAACCAUUAAGACCAAGACCAAGAGUCAGUUAGCUCAGAAGGCCAGAAGAGAUAUACCACCAGCCACGUCAAAGGAGGCAUCAUACCCUUUGGUGCCAUCAAAUAAGGACAAGGAACAUUACUUCAAGCGGUUCCUUGACAUAUUCCAAAAGCUGGAGAUUACUAUCCUUUUUGGAGAGGUCAUCCAACAGAUGUCGUUGUACAAAAAGUUCUUAAAGGACCUCCUCAUAAAAAAGGGAAAGUAUAUCAACAACGAAACCAUUGUGGUGGGAGAAAAUUGCAGUGCAAUAAUCCAAAAGCUACCUCCCAAGUUCAAAGAUUCAGGAAGCGUCACCAUCCCAUGCUCUAUUAGGAGUGUAUCCGUAGGUAAAGUUCUUAAUGACUUAGGAGCAAGUAUCAAUUUGAUGUCGCUUUUUAUGUGCAAGAGAAUAGGAAACCUGAAGAUUGAACCUACAAGGAUGACGCUCUAG